UAUGUUUAAUGGACAUGAUUAUAUAUGUAAAAAGUGUGGCAAGAUGUAUAUGCAUAGAGGAAGUCUUCAAAGGCAUUCAAAGUUUGAAUGUGGAGUGACUCCAAAAUUUGGCUGUAACUUUUGUGGACGGAGAUUUUCUCAAAGAUCUAACUUAAGCAGACACAUGGUCGAUAUACAUAGGAAUUCUUUCGAAGAAUUAAUCAAUAAGCGUUUGGAAUCCAGAGAUGAAGGUGAUUUAAUAUUGCAAGUCAAUAACCAACACACAAUGUAAAAUACAAAUCCCAGUUAAUAAACUGAUCUUAGUUGUGAUUUUUUAUUUUAUUUACAGUUUUAUAAUUGUCUAAAGAUAAUUUUAAUUUAAUUUGA